GCGGCAAGUACCCCAAGGCGGCGCAGCGCGGCGGGUGCGGUUCAGUCCGGGCGGCAGCGGCGGAGGAGGAUGUGGGCUACGCACGGGCUGGCGGUGGCGCUGGCCCUGAGCGUACUGCCAGGCAGCGGGGCGCUGCGGCCAGGCGACUGCGAAGUUUGUAUUUCUUUUCUGGGAAGAUUUUACCAGGACCUCAAAGAUAGAGAUGUCACAUUCUCACCAGCCACUAUUGAAAAAGAACUUAUAAAGUUCUGCCGUGAAGCAAGAGGCAAAGAGAAUCGGUUGUGUUACUACAUAGGGGCCACAGAUGAUGCAGCCACCAAGAUCAUCAAUGAGGUAUCCAAGCCCCUGGCCCACCACAUCCCUGUGGAGAAGAUAUGUGAGAAGCUAAAGAAGAAGGAUAGCCAGAUCUGUGAGCUAAAGUAUGACAAGCAAAUCGACUUGAGCACAGUGGACCUGAAGAAGCUCCGAGUGAAAGAGCUGAAGAAGAUCCUGGAUGACUGGGGGGAGACUUGCAAAGGGUGUGCAGAAAAGUCUGACUACAUCCGGAAGAUAAAUGAACUGAUGCCUAAAUAUGCCCCCAAGGCAGCCAGUGCUCGGACUGAUUUGUAGUCUGCCCCAUCCCUGCUGCACCUGAGGGGAAAAAAACAGUUCAGCUGUAGCGUCCCAAA